AAGAAGGCUUGUAAUCAGUAACGAAAUCAAUUACUCUCCAUUUCAUACCCCUCUUUGACAUUCAAUGAUGAAUCUUGUGAAGUUCUUGGUUAUUGUCAUGACCAUCUCAAUGGCUUUAUGUCCAGCAUUAGUCCAAUGUCGACAGAUAAAAUGUGACUGGUUGAGUGGGAAUUGCAUCAAAGGUGGAACAGAAGACAUCACGAAGAUGAUAUCAUAUAUAGGUGUGAGCCACAGGAUUCUCCAAGGGACACGGUAUAUAAACUACGAUGCACUGAAGCACAAUGUACCAGCUAAACAACAUGGUCAAAAGGAUCGGCCGGAUAACUCAUACCGGCGAGGUUGUACUCUCGCUACAGAAUGUCAUCGGCUUACGAAUUAAACAUCAACACUAAUUUUUAGUUUUAGCACAAAAAGACUUUUUGUUUUUCUCUUUGCUUUCCAUUUUUCUGUUAAUGUAUUUUGUAUCA